UGUGCUUUCCCGUUUCGUUUCCACGCUGAGUCUCGUUUCUCGUACAAUCUUCUUUUGUUUUAGCCCCUUGGUUGCUGCCUUCUCGUUGUGAAAUGAGUGUCAUUACAGACUGUUUUAGCUCAUUGUUUGCUAUGCAAGUUAGGUGUGUUUCGUCUUCAUAUAGAUCAUUGCAUGUGUAAACAAACAUCAGUAGGUCUUGCUCCUUAAUAUCUCAUUUUAUGUUUAGAGAUUUUUAUAUCAGUUUUUUUUUCCUAAUGAUGAUGAGAAGCACUCUCUCUCUGUUAAUAGCGAAACUACAAUGCCUAGUUCAAUGAACCUACUUUGAUUGUUUUCACCACCUGCCUGAAUUUUUCGACAUUUAUCUUUAAGUACACACAAAAUCUCAGAACCAGUCCUGGUUGUGUAAUGUACCUAACAGCAAGCCAAAUGCCACCAUGAUUGGCCAUCCCAGUAUGUCAAUGCUGUAAUCAAAUCGUUAGUUCUCUUAUUACCUGAAAUAAAAGCCCCAUAGGGAGUACUAAGAACUCACCAUAUCUGAAGGAGCAACUACAUAGACUUGAGGGUUCAUUAGGUAGCAAGCAAACAGAAACCAAUAACAUAACUCACUGAAACCCUUCAUGGCUUCAUCGAUGAGCCAUUCUGAAAGGUGUGAUAUCUCACCAAACCAUGACCGCAGAGGCAAGUUAGAGUUUUGCAAAGCCUCUGAGAUUCUUGAAUGCCUUUCAUGAGAGCCCUGACCAAGCUCUGCCACAAGAAGCUCCACAGAUAUAAACUAUCUGAGCUCCAUCUAUUAAUCACCACGACAUAUUCAGCCCGACGGCUCCUCCAGCCAUUCCCCAAUCGAGUUUCAGCAUCAGUAACCAACUCAAUACAGCAUGCUAAAACAGCACGGUCGCUGCUAUAGCCGCCAUUGCAACCACUUUGGUUUGUGCCUAUAACAAUAAACGCAUGCCAAUUAGUAUAAGCUAUAAGAAGACAGUCUUCGAGCUAAACAAAGUUGAAUCUUCAAGUAACUAUUGUUACCUCACCUGCAAGAACUUGGCGUUGGCGAAGUUGACGGCGUAAGCAAAGAGCUGAGGGAUCAUCCCAGAGGGAGAAUCUUCCGGCGGCUUUAGAGACCUCAGCUGGGGACUGUCCGAGGAGACUCAAAAGUGGAGUGGCAGAAACGUAUAAAAGGCAAAUUAAGAAGAAAGGCAAAAGUGUUAAGAUGAUUCAAGAAUUUUGAAGAUAUAUAUAUUCCCAUCAUCUCUAGUUGCCUUGCUCCAUAUGCUUGCCCACAUAUCGUCGCCAGUGCACAUCCCAUCCCAAGCUUAAUAAAAAAUUUUACUUAUUCAAGUGAGUUAUAUAUACUCCUUUUAAGAAAAUUAGCAAUUUAUAUGAUGCACAUGUUAAUUAAUCGGAGGACAUAGUUUUAAUGUGAAAUAAUGGAAACUCUUUUUUUAACAAUCUCACGGUGUUGUAAGUUAACUAAAGUCAUAUCCGACCUCUUAAUUCCUUUGGUAUAUUGUGUUGUAUUCAGUUUCCUGUUCUUUAUUAUAUUUUCUAUCCGUUUCAUGUUUAAUCUUCAUACUAGAUCCGCGCGACCGCGCAGAUUUUAUUUUUGUUUCAACACAUUUCAAAUUUGUCCAAUUCUAUUUUAUAUUUAAAAAACAAUAUAAGAACUGUAUUUUGUAUUAGUAGUUUUUCAUCGGUGUAUUAGAGAUAUAACCGUGCAGUAAAAACACUAUUAUAAUAUUGACUAAUACGAUUUGGAUUGAAAUAACAGUGUAUUAUAGAUGUGCUGUACACAAAUCUAAUAGUAACCAAUACAAUUUGGAUUAACAUACAUAUCAGUGUAUUAUAAAUAUAGAUGUAAGGUGAACAUACUAAUAUAACAUUAACCAAUACGAUAUAGACUAAAAUCCCUGAAGUCUUCAUUAUAAUUCUAAUAAAAUAAUUGUAAUAAUAAGAUAGAUAAACAAACAAACGCGUCAAAAAAUAAAUUAAAAAUACUUAAUAGAUUAACCCCAUGCGGAUAUAUAAAUGUUUGUAUAAAUGUUUAGAUAUAACAUUUUUUAUUUGGUAAAAAUUUAAAUGAAACUCUACUAAUCCAAAAAAAUUAUAGUUUCAAUUUGUUUUAUUAAUAGAAUAGUAUUUUCAAUGUGUAUGCAAGAAGUUCAAUAAAUAAAGAAUAACAAUGUUUGGUUAAAAAGUUAAGUGCAAUUAAAAAAUGUUUUUGUUUUAUAUUUAUCGGCAAUCUAACUAUUAUGAUCCAGGAAGCAAAAUUUUAUUGUAUAUGCACAUGUCAAUAUCAAAUUAAUAAGCCCAUUAGUAACAAUAGUAGUUGUACAGAAAAAUGAAAAAAAAGAAUAAAAAUGGUUACCCAUUAUUUCUUUUUCUUUGUUUUAUUUUCUUCUAAAGACUUAAAAAUGUCUUUUUUUUCUAAACGUGUUUGUUCCUCUUGGAAGUCAUCAAUUCAUGUUGAAAAAGUAUCUGUAACCCGAUCAAAAUUUAGGAAUUCAGAGAACCCCAAGAUUUCUUUCUUCAUUCUCGUUAAACAGAGCAAACCCAUUAAUAGAUAUACUCGUAAAAGAUUUAUCGAUUCCUAUAUAAGAUCGGCUAUCAAUAUGCUCGAUUGAGACAUGCCAGCUUCUUACAUUCUCUGAGAUAACCAGACCAAGACGUUCGGAAUUGUAUAAUGACUGGCUAAAGACUCGUUAAUGACUUGCGGUCGACUCGACUCGUUAAUGACUCGUGGUCGACUCAACUCGCUCAUGACUCGCUGGCUCGACUCGCUAAUGACUGACUCUUGAUGCAGUGACUUGUUUUCACAGAAUUAUUGUAACAUGUGUAAAAUUAAUUUUAUUCUUAUCUAUCUUAUAGCAGGUGCGUAAGCAUGCCGAUCAAAAUAUUUGAUUGGAGAUAUUUGUUGUAUUCAUUUGACUAUAAUAAAAAGAGGGUUUGUUAUAUUUGUACUAUGAUAUGAUAUUAAUAUGAUAAUGUGAGUAUACUAUAACAAUAUAAUAGAUGUUUUGUUUAAUAGAUGUAUAAUAAUAGAAGUAUAAUCUAAAACAUAUAAUAAGAUAGAUCUUACGGUGAAGUAAAGUGAAAGGUGGUUGAUAUUGAACUGUUUAAGGAAAUAUAAGGUUAUGGUAUGAGUAAUAAAAAAAUAAUAAUAAUAAUAAUGUGAUGUCCAAUUUAAAAAUCCACCUAGAAGAAGUUGUAAUGUUUUUAUUUUAAUAAGAUAGAUAAUAUAUUUAUACUACGUAAAGAAACAUAACUCUUCAAAUUAUCAACGAGCUGAUGAAAUAGGAAAAAUAUAAAUUUCAUGUUUUCUGUUGUGAUUUCCUAAGCUAAUAAGGAGAAGAAUGGAUUGACAUAAACCGUCUGGUACUAGGAAAAAAAAACUGAUAUAAAUAAAUUGCUAGCGAUUGGCUUUUUGCAAUCUGGGAUAAACAAAGCGACACAGAAAAGCAAUAUCAAUACAAAAGAGCUAAGAGUUUUUUGGUUAAAACAUCGAUCGAUCUCUAUUAUUAGCUAGGUUUGCUCGUGAGAAAAGAUCUCAAACAUGCCUAACAAAGCUGCAACUUGUCAAGAAAUUAAAGAAAAAGUUUGUGAAGACAGGAUUAGUGCUUUACCUGAUGCUUUACUUGUGCAAAUAUUGUUGCUCCUUCCGAUUAAAGAAGCAGUAGCCACAUCGAUUCUAUCAAAACCAUGGCGUUGUAUCUGGACGUUGAUGCCUAAACUCGUUUGCAAAGAUACCAAGCAUACAAACAGUAAAAGCGUUUGGUGGUUUUUGGAACAGUCAUUGCAUCUUCACAAGGCACGUAUACUAGAACACCUAGAAGUUAAACUCGGUUCAAGAUGUCCUGGUGACGUAGAUGUCGGAAAACUGAUUUUAAACGCGGUUGAACGCUACGUUCGAUUGCUAGACUUCAAUCUAAAGUGGCCAGCAAAGCCUGUAAGCUUGCCUAAGACACUUUAUACUUGUAAAACGCUCAAGAAAUUGAUUCUCUCAAACAAGAUUCUCAUAGAGCUUCCUUUCGAAGCUUUCCUCCCCUCGCUUACUAAACUGGAGCUUAUCAAUGUGGUGUAUAAAGACGAGGGUUCACUCAUUAGGCUUUUAUCAAGUUGUCCUGUUCUGAAAACUUUGAUUGUGGUCCGAGAGAAGAAUGACAACGUGAUUAAGUUCACUGUGAAAGUGCCUUCUUUAAAUAGUUUAGUUUAUGUUAAUGAUAAUGAUGACGAUGGAGUAUGUGGUUGUGGUUAUGGUAGGGGCUCUUUGAUUAUAGAUUCCCCACAGUUGAAGUAUCUUUGCGUCAAUGACUUUUCUGAAGAUGGUUGCUCGAUAGAGAGUAUGAGUCCUAACCUUACCAUGGCCAGAGUAGACGUUGGUUCUCCCCCUAAUGAAAAUUUCUUGACAUAUCUUUCUUCUGUCAAGUUUCUCCAUAUGACUUGGAUCGAUGAAACGGAAGUUUUCUGUAGCUGCGUCAACUACUCUCAGCUAAUAGAGUGUAUACUACGUCCAUGUCGCGCAGAGUAUUGGGUAGAAUCAGUGAAGCUGUUGCUUGACAACUCUCCUAAUCUUAAAGUUCUUAUGAUCGACACUAAGGACAUAGGUGAAUCCGCUGAUGUCCCUCGUUGGAGCGAUGUUCCAGCGUGUUUGUCGUCUCAGCUCGAGAUUUUGGAAUGGAAAAAAUAUGGAGGGACGAGAGACGAGAAGCAGCUAUUGGAGUAUAUCCUUGCAAGCUCCAAGUGUUUGAAGAGAGCAGGAAUCUCCAUGAGGUAUAGCAAGGACUGCAAUGAUAAAAUGAAAAAGAAGUUGAGGAAAGAGUUAAAGGCCAUGCCUAGGGCUUCAGUAUCUUCUGAGCUUUUGUUUCCUGCUAAAAUUAAAUGGAGAUCAUCAGUGGCACAACAUUGUCUUUUUGAUUUGUAAUAGUUUUACAUUCGAUUACAUUGGUUGUCUAGACUAGACAAGUGUUUGUGACUUUAAUUUUGGUUCGUUAUCUUUCUUUCUUUUUUUUUUUUAAUUGAUUUUUGCAGUGACAUUUAGUCUGGUUUUCAACAAAAGUCUUUCACUUCUUCAGUUCAGCUCAAGAAAAUAUUCCAUAUUCUUAUCUUCAAUUUAACUGCAUAAUCUCAAAUAUGUAUACCUUACCACAAAAAGAAAAGGUACGAUUUUAUAUCAAUUUGCAAUUUUUUUUAGUAGAGGCAGAAAGAGAGUUUAUAUUAGAUAGAGAAGAGAGUGUACUACAGAGAUUUUAGCUUUUUAAAGAGUGUAGCAGAAACACAAUAGUUGUUCCCUCAUUAUAUAACAAGAAGAAAGAAGUAAUCACAUUCUGGAAUAACCAAAGCUAUUCUCAUACUGAGUCAUGAACUCGUCGUUGAACUUCUUGAAACUGUCCAUGAUCUCUGGCAUCUCUUCUUCCGCAGGCAAGAUUGUUGUCCUCAGAUG